ACUGCUAGCUAGGGCGUUGCUAGCGGCAGAAAGUGGGAUUUUUUUUUGGUACCUUUCCUCAAGUUAUUCUCUCGAACAAACAGCGUUGUACGUUGGGAAAAAUAACGUUUAAUGUUCGCUACAAGUUUCAAGCCCCUCGACGCUUUUUUGUCGUUGUUUACACGGGAGCGGUGGUUACUUUCUUUCCCGUUAGCUGGCGGCCACAUAGCUAGCCUGCUUUCCAUCCACGGGAAUUCUGUCGAGAAUUGACGAUUUCUUUUGGAACAUGGAGUCAAGAGACACUGUGCUGUGCUAACGGGCUCCGCUGCAUUUUGUUUCCUCAAGGAGUCUUUUUGAAGGACAUAACGCGAAGACGUAUCGCAAGCCAGUGAAAAUACACGAGGUUUUUGUGUAUGUAUGUUUCGCUCGUUGGCCGGCUCAUUGUUGUGAACGGGAGUUUGCUUAGUUUGCACUCGAAACAAGAGCCCACGAAGCAAAGUUUUUUGCUGAAAGAGCUCUUCUGUUUUGUUAGCUGGUAGCUGGUGAGAUUCAACGACUGCCAGUUUGCAGUGAGAAAGGAUUUUUUUGGGGGGGAAACCUAUGUGAUUUUUUUAAAUGACCAUUUAACUCAGUUCGUUUCUUUUUAAUCAAAGCGGUUUGACGUUAGCUGCAGUUGUUUUGCUAAUUUCUAACACGGGUCGUUUAAACUCGGCAUUGAGCGAUUCUCCUGGUCACGGGAGAGUCGUCCCCACAGCCACAGACAGGCAUUUCUUGGAGCAGGGAAUACCUAAUGGGACUGGAGGAAUUUCCAGCAUCUUCACCGAUCAUUUAGACACCGAGGCCAUUCGGCCGAGCUGGGUGUUGGCAGACGAACUACAUCGCAGGGCCAAGGUGUCAGCAACGUUGGGAUACGCAUUGUUUACAUACAUCAUAUCGGCGGAAAACUGGGAUGUGAAUGCAAAGGAGACACACGAGGAGUUCGUACAUACACGACAACUUGUGUCAGCUGCACCAGUAUAUUUAUUAUUGUUGCCAAAAUAUUGUUUAUUACGGGGUAGGACUGCUAAUUCGACCAAGGCCCCGAUUGAUUUUUAUGAUCUGCACUGUAGAUUUUUUGCUGUCAUUUAAUUUUAACAAGAAGUCCUGGUUGUAGCUUAGGCUCAUCUGGUGUUUGGAGGUGCCUUGCAGCAACCUUCACAGUGAACUGAUUCCCAGCAUCGUUCUCAAAAUCCCUGCCUACUCCAGACGAAUGCCAGAGAAAGACGCUCCAGGAAAUCGCCUCAUCACACUCUGGAAAAUGUUAAUAGGAUAUAAUUUGCUGCAAAUCUAGAACCGGAAGCCCAAUGAGUGACACACAGCCCAGCUUCACUGACAGGUUUCCCAAGAAAGCAAACAGAACCAGCAGUAUUCUCAGUAAAGACCACCCCCCAGACAAGAAACCCAAAAGUGAAAGAAAUUCCCUUCCCUCCAAUGAGUUUGACCCUACAGAAGCUCUGGUGGUGCAGAAGAGUGGCAGCAGCAGUGUGCUACCAGAGGGGAAGCCUGAGUCCUGUGGUCUGGUCCAGCGAUGUGUAAUAAUCCAGAAAGAUGAAAAUGGCUUUGGGCUCACUGUCAGUGGUGACAAUCCAGUGUUUGUGCAGCUUGUCAAAGAAGAUGGGGCUGCGAUGCGAGCAGGUGUUCAGACAGGAGACAGGAUCAUCAAGGUUAAUGGGACCCAUGUUGCACAUUCUAACCACACAGAAGUGGUGAAACUUAUUAAAUCGGGCUCCUAUGUGGCCCUCACAGUGUUGGGCCGGCCCCCCGGGCUUGCCCAGAUACCUUUGCCCGAAGCAGAGCCAGACAUGAGCUUAUCCUCUCCAAACUCUCCAGCACCACGGCGCCCCUGCAGUCCUCAGGACAGCAUCUUACCUAUUCAACAACCAUGGGAUGAGAAAGCUGACAUCUUGGAGGCCAUGAAGGAGGAGUACAGCAGAAACCCCUCCCCUAAACUACUGAAAGACAUCCAGGAAGCUGAAAAACACAUUCCUCAGCUGCAGGGUCAGCUCCCCAAGGCCAUUGGGACAACACAGGAGAGUGUUCCAAGUGAUGAUGCAGAUGAAGAUGCAUUUGUCCCCAAGGGAGAAAACAAUGCAGACCUGUUCUGGACCAGGACCCCUAUAUCUCGCAUAUUUGGGCCGUCAUCUCCAGACAGCCAGUGUCCAAGAGAGUUCUCCUGUCCCAGCCCAAAGACCACACCCAGGAACAGCUACAACUCCUUCCACUCCCCAGAGACAGAGGACACCACUGAUCUGGACGCCCUUUCCCCUACCACAGUCAGCAGUCCCUCCUCGACUCGCCUGGUUUCGCAGAUCAUUGGAGCUGAGGAUGACUAUUUUGAUUCAGACCAAGAGCAGACAAACGGCCAGUGUAACAGCUUUAAUAGUAUUGAGCUGCUCAAGUCUCGCCCUGCCCACCUCGCAGCCUUUCUGUAUCAUGUCAUCUCUCAGUUCGACCCUGCUCCUGUGCUGUGCUACCUCUAUGCUGACCUCUACAAGCAGACCAACUCCAAAGAGACCAGACGGGUGUUCAUGGGCCUUCACAAUUUCUUCAUUGACCGGGGAGCAAAUUUAAAAGUUGGUGUUCCUGAAUCUGUCUCCGCUGAUCUUGAUCGGCGGCGGACAGAACUGAUCCCAGAGGAAAUAAACAGACAACAUGUUCAAACACUGCAGGACUCUCUGCUCCCUGAUAUUCAGAAGAAUCUUGAAGAUUUCAGGCAGAAGCGGAGUAUGGGCCUAACAGUGGCUGAAGCAGAGCUGGGCAGACUGGACCAAGAGAGAGUCAGAGACCGCGGCACUCUCGAGCGGGAACGCUCAUAUGCUGAAAACAUCAUCGCGAAAAUAGACGAUAUCCUGGUAACUACUCAACUCACAGAGGAAGAGAAAUGCACUACAAUGCAGUAUGUUAUAUAUACGUACAUGAAGCACCUUGGUGUGAGGGUCAAGGAACCUCGCAGCCUGGAGUCCAAACGGCUUCGGAUCAGCUUUCUUCCCAUGAUUAAGCGAGGCAACAAGACAGAAAAGGAAAGGGAAGAGAAAGUGAAAAAGGUUCCCAAGAAUAAUAAAUUUAAUAUUCGUGUACCUCAGCGGCGGCCCAGCCGCAUCGAAUCGUCAGGGGGUACGACCCAGGAGGGACGACCACGGCCUCAGAAACAGAUGUCUCAACCUGCACUGUCUACAAGUGAUUAUAAAGAAUCUAGUCGUCUCAAAGGCAGCCAAUCAAGCGAGGGCCCUGAACUUAUACACUCCAUGUCUGUCAACUCAUCAUCUCCAAUUAGCGCCACCUACAGCUCUGACACCAGCAGAGACGCUGAUAUGGGUGGGACUCCAAUAUUUGGCCCCUGCAGGGUGAGUGAAAUCCUUCCAUCGGACUCUCUGGACGGGUUGCCAUACUCUGCUUCGCAGUUUGACCCCCUAUAUAACCUGGACCAACUGCCAGAGGAUGACAGAGAAAGUGACAGAACUCACGAGGGAACACCAAAAGCUUUAAGAAGGCUUGAGGGACUCGGUGCUGCUGAUAUCCAGAGCGAGGAUGACCAGGGAACAGAUUCUGAGUGCGAUCCCCCAAACUGGCAGCAUCUGGUGCGUCCAGAGGUUCUAGCCGGUCUCAGGCCUCAUGAAAUCAAGAGACAGGAAGUUAUCCACGAGCUGUUUUACACAGAGCGUGCACAUGUACGGAUGCUGAAGGUUUUGGACAACGUUUUCUACCAGAAGCUCACCAAAGACUCCAUCCUGCCUCCUGCUGACAUCAAGAAUAUUUUCUCCAAUCUGGAAGAGGUUCUGCAGCUGCAUGUUAACAUAUCAGAUCAAAUGGCUGCCGUUCGGAAGAGAAAUGACUCUUCAGUAAUUGAUCAGAUAGGAGAUGACUUGCUUUCCUGGUUCAGCGGUGGAGAGGAAGAGAAGAUCAAGCAGGCGGUGGGGACGUUCUGCAGUAACCAGCCUUUUGCUCUGGAGCUCAUAAAGACCAAACAGAAGAAGGACUCGAGGUUCACUUCAUUCAUUCUGGAGGCAGAGAGUAACAGGCAGUGUCGCCGACUGCAACUCAAGGACAUCAUUCCUGUGGAGAUGCUGCGGCUCACCAAGUACCCUCUGCUGCUCGACAACAUUGUCAAGUACACAGACAAUGCAGAGGAGAAGGAGAAAGUUAAGCAGGCAGCAGACUGCUGCAGAAAGAUCCUCAGUCACGUCAACCAGGCUGUGAAGGAAUCUGAGGACAAACAGAGGUUGGAGGACUAUCAGAGACGAUUGGACCUCUCUUCUCUAAAGCAGACAGACAACCCAAUGAUCCUGGAGCUAAAGAACUUGGAUCUGACAAAGAAAACGAUGGUGCACGAGGGUCCACUGUCAUGGAAAGUGAACAAGGACAAAACUAUCGAGCUCUACACACUCCUCCUGGAGGACAUCCUGGUUCUCCUACAGAAACAAGAUGAGCGUCUGAUACUGAAGUGUCACAGCAAAAACCUGUCGGGCACUGCAGAUACCAAACAUAUCUUCAGCCCUAUCAUCAAACUCAACACGGUGCUGGUGCGCUCAGUGGCCACAGACAACAAGUCCUUCUUUGUUCUUUCGAUGUCGGAAAACGGAGCCCAAAUCUACGAGCUAAUGGCGCCCACUGUCUCAGAUCAGAGAACGUGGCAGCGUCUAAUCACGCAGAGAGCUGAAGCCAUGAAAGUUAAGCCUCACAGCGUCAUACCAUUACCUCAGACCGUUGGGGAAAGAGACGGCGUGGAGAUCAUUACAACGGGAGUUUCCAGGUUGAGUAGAGACACGGACCGCACAUCCACUGGCAGCACCCAGUCCACAGAUAAGGAAAGCAGUCCAGUCUGUAGAAGCGCACUGCAGACUUCGCUACCUGGCAGUAAUCCAUUUGAGGGAGUGAAGACUGAGGAGGAGAAGGAGGAGGAAGAAGAAGGCUUUGUGGACCCAGAACUUUCUUAUCCAGUGGCCGAGGAUUGCAGAGGAGCCUCGUUUAGCAUGUUCCCCUCGAGGGCAGACGAAGCACUGAAAACACUGGCAGCAUUAAAGCACGUGUUAGUGACCCAGCUUAUGUCCCAGGAAGCUGCAGAGCAAACUAAACGCUCCACAGGGGCUCGCCUCCUCAGGACCACCUCUCUGCGCACCCCCAUAGACAGCCGUGCACGAGUGACGGUCCACAACGGCUCAGAGAAAACCGGCUCCCAGACAGACGACCUGGCUCAGGACCUGGGUUCAGGAGACACCGGCUUCUUUGACUCGACUGAUGACUAUGCUGCGUAUUUAGUCCUGGAGGGUUACGGUGGCCCAGGGGAGAGCAGCACAGACGAUGACAUCUUGGCAACAACCACAGGGAAGCAGCUGAGCACUUCCCAAGGCUGCGCUGCUGACUCGGGCAUCAAUUUGAGAUUUUCUUCAACAUCACAGGCCGGCAGCCUCUCCUCUUUCAGCAGACAGGUCCUCUCUCACCUUCGAAAUCUUCAGGCCAACCUCAAUUAUCUGAAGGAGGUUGAGGCCAAGUACAACAGUCUAAUACAGCAAAGGCCAGAGAGAUCAGCAGCAGACACGCAUGGAAAUAAAGAUAAGAGAUAGUGGAAGUCUGUGCAGCAGCUUUUGGCUGUGGUCCCAAAGAGGAAGUACCGACUUGUAGUCUGUUCCUACUUCUCAUGUCCUGGACUUUCUGGACGUCUUAUAAGCUUGUCCUCUCACUGCUGAGCCCUGUUUUUUUUUUUCCCCCGUUUUGUUUUUUCCAUCAGUUGCCACAGAGAAUGAGAGACUUAAGUGUGAGCAAACAUUUGAAGGGAGGAGUCAUCUUUUCGAUGCCGAGCCCCCCCAUCCUCUUCCUCCUCCGCCUCUUCUUCCUCCUCAGCACAAGGCAAUCAGGGAUGUGGGAUUGCGCCAGAACCUCACCCCCCUCCCCUUUUACCAUUUAACACCCAUAUCCCUUGAAUCCCUGCAAGAAAGAGAACUUAUACCAAAAUGUACAAAGAAGUGUGUUGAGAAUAUAUAUAUAUGAAACACAAAACAAGAAAAGGAAAAUUUUAAGAUAAUGUAUUAAGAUUUUUUUUUUUUAUCCCAAGAUGUAUUUAUUUUCUCUCUUUUCAUUUUUUAAAGUGUUUCCCAUAUUGCUUGCAUGCUUUAGGCCAUGGUGUUACAGUUUUUGGCUGCUUCUCCUGCUUCAGUCACACGGGGGUUAGUGGGAGAGCCGAGUGCUCGCUAGCAUAAAAGCACCCUAGCACACCUUGCUGAAUUGCAGGACUGUAUUCGGACUGAAGAGGCCAGAGUUGCACUGCUGAUGGAUCCCAUUGUGUUAAAAUGACCUGUGUUUUGAGUCUUGAAUUUCAGAUAAAUUCUAGGCGUGGUGUUAACUAGAAUGAAGAGUCUGCCGGCUCUGAUCUGGUCCUGUUGCAUUUCUGUGCUGACUCCUUCGUCCUCUUCGCUCUGAGGGGUGUUUUGCCUCUCAUCUGCUCCUCUUCUCCUUUUGCGUGUGAUUCUCCCUCUUCUUUUUCCCCGUGACCAUGUUUGAGUGUUUUCCCUCUCUUCCUCACAGCCUAGUGGCUUUGAUGCUUAUUUAUCCCUUCCAACACUUUAUGUCAUGCUUCCUCAUCUGCCUCUGGGUGUCUCGCCCUGUUCCCCUCUUCUCCAAGGAGCGGUCGUGCUCGUUCAGUGUCAGCUCCUGGCAAAUGCUGCUUUCUUUCUGCUACUAUUGGCAAUGCUGAUCUGACUCCCUGAUAUUCUAAUAAUGUCAUGAAGUUCAACAUAUUCUGUACAAUGAUCAAGUUGGAAGGUUUAUGCAUAACUUUACAAAAUAAAUGGUGCCAUGACACAUUCAAAAAAGAAA